AUCCAAGACUUGAUAUUGAUACUCCACAACAUUGUUGUCAAGAAUGUUUUAAGGAUUCUAAUUCUCCACCUACUAUUGGUGACAAUUCUGGAAUUAUGCGUUGUAAUGAUGGUUGCAUACCUCCCUCCUAG